GACGGGUUAAUUGGGUUUCUUUUUAUAGUUCUUGGAUUUGUCUCGAUUGAUAGAAAGAACUGUCACCAUGUCGCAGACUGUUGGAAAGACCCGUCUCGCCUACUCUCGGGCCUGGCAUCAUGUCGACGUCGGCACCGACCCGCGCAGUCUCGGCCGGCUUGCUUCCUCCAUCGCCCUCUUCCUGAUGGGCAAGCACAAGCCUAUCUAUGACCCUUCCACUGACUGCGGUGACUAUGUCGUCGCUGUGGGCUGCCACGACUUGAAGACCACCGGCAAGAAGCGCUUCCAGAAGAAGUACUAUACGCACACGACUCGCCCCGGUAGUCUGCGGACCAUGACGAUGGACAAGAUGUUCGAGAAAUGGGGUGGCGGUGAGGUCCUACGACGAGCUGUCAAAGGCAUGCUGCCCAAGAACCGGCUGCGGGAAAAGCGGUUGGCUAGACUGAAGACUUUCGAGGGCCUGGCUCAUCCGUAUGAGGAGAACAUUGUCAAGCUCGGGAAUCAGUCGGUGAUUGCCAACUUGCCGGAGGUGAAGGAAGCGUUUAAGGAGGCCAAGACCCAGGCAUAGUUAUUUUUUUCUUUUUCCCUUGGGUCAUUUCUCGAUGGUCUAUUGUAUUUCUUCGUCUGUAAUUUUAUGUCUCUUCUUGUUUAUCUGCUAGCGCAUGGGUGGGAGUUCUUUUGAUCUGUUCUGAUAUAAUGUUUGGGCUUUUCGUUCCAGCUCCCGGAAGAUUGUUACUUGCAUCUACACAUAUACGGUGCAUUUGUACUAUACGAGC